GUCUAUUGUCAGUUUCAUAUAGUCUCAUGUACGAGCAAAAUGGCGAAGUGUCCGUUAUAGGCGGACUUUUGUUCAGGGAGUUGGCAUUCCACAUGCUGCGUAGAAAUUGUUGUACAGUAAGAAAGUCGGAAGCAUGGAAUUGUUCCGUACCGACACGCAUUUCAUUUUUGUGAAAGAGAGGCACAGCCUAUGGUGUGACAAGUACACCGGAGAGUUUUCCGCUAAAUCGGAUUGGGAAUGGGCAUCUCCAAAAGAUUUGGAAUGUCUUGGAAUAUUUUAUGGAAUUGUAGGGAAAAUAGAACAACCAUGCGUAUUGGAACCUCGUUUAAUGUUGAUCAAAGAAGUUUCACCAGCUGGAGAGUUAUAUGGAGGUCAUAUUAUAUAUAAGGUCAAAUCAAUUGCAUUUUUGCAUCUUGGCAGUGAAAAUAAUGAUAUUGGACUUCUGCCAUGUAAGAAGCAUCAGAAUUUGCCAAAGAAAAAAAGUCAAGGUGGCCUGUUUGAUGUGCCACAGAAGGCAGCCUUUGCCAAAACAUGGGGAACUAUUAAAAGUGCUACAAACACAAUAAAAAAUACUACUCAACACGCAGCUGCACUUGCAACAUCUCAAGUAAAAUCCACAGUAAGUAAACGAAGCAUUGUUAAAGACAAGGAGAGAUUUGAGAAGAGAAUCCUGGAGGAGUUAAAUAAGAUUUUCACCGAAACCGACUCCUUUUAUUUCUGUCAAACUGGUGAUAUCACAAAUAGCUUGCAGAGGCUUUGUGUCACAGACUCACAGUGGAAUGAGGAACAACAGAAUAAACCACUUUGGCAAAGAGUAGAUGAUAGAUUUUUUUGGAAUAAACACAUGUUACAGGAUAUAAUUAAUUUAAAAACAGACAAAGCAAACUCAUGGAUAUUACCAGUUAUUCAGGGAUAUGUGCAAAUAGAGAAGUGUAAAGUAGAAGUGGGCAUCGAUGAACAGCCACACCAUGAAACUUUCAAUUUGGCAAUAAUAUCGAGGAGAAGUAGAUUUCGUGCAGGAACGAGAUAUAAGCGACGUGGUGUGGACGAUGAAGGAAAAUGCGCAAACUAUGUAGAAACAGAGCAAUUAGUUUGGUACCAUGAUCACCAAGUAUCCUUUGUCCAAGUACGAGGCAGUGUACCUGUAUACUGGUCUCAACCUGGCUAUAAAUACAAGCCUCCACCACGAAUAGAUAGAGAUGAAGCAGAAACGCAGAUUGCGUUCGAGAAACACUUUACUGAAGAACUAGGGUUGUACGGCCCAAUUUGUAUCAUGAAUCUUGUAGAACAAACUGGCAAGGAGAAGAUAAUUUGGGAAGCCUAUAGUAACCAUGUACUAAAUUAUAAUCAUCCAGAUAUAACAUAUACAACUUUCGAUUUUCAUGAAUAUUGUCGAGGGAUGCAUUUUGAAAAUGUGUCUAUCCUGGUCAGUGCAUUAGCUGCGGUAUUGUCAGACAUAGGGUACUGUUGGCGCGACAAGCAAGGCACAAUAUGCAUGCAGAAAGGAGUGUUUCGGGUGAAUUGCAUAGAUUGUUUAGAUAGAACGAAUGUGGUGCAAACUGCUUUAGGUAAAGCUGUAAUGGAAAUGCAGUUUUCAAAGCUAGGACUAAUACCGCCGGAUGGAACGUUACCGACAAAUAUCCGACAAACGUUUCAGUUGCUUUGGGCGAAUAAUGGCGACAUUAUCAGUAAACAAUAUGCCGGUACAAACGCCCUCAAGGGAGAUUACACAAGAACAGGGGAAAGAAAGUUUACCGGUUUAAUGAAAGAUGGCAUGAAUUCUGCGAACAGAUAUUUUCAGCAACACUUUAUGGAUGACAUGCGUCAAGCGGCGAUAGAUACCUUGCUAGGGAACCCUAUCGAUGUUAAUCAACUGAACACCGAUUGGUCGCACUAUUUAGACAUCCUUGACAAUUGCUGCCUUGAGCUAAUACCCGUGAAACCACCAAACAUAGAGCUUCAACUUGCUACUUAUCCUGACAUUCUCUAUGCCAGUGCUAUGUAUGAUUUGGCAAGAUACUAUUUAAAUCGCUUCAAGGAUGUCUAUAGGCAGGCCACGAUCGAUAUGAUGUUAGGAAACUCGGUGAACGAAGAAGUAUUUCAAGAGCGUACAGAAGAAGAAGAUAAUGCUGCUACAGCGAUUCAUGUAAAAUUGCUGAUAGAGGAUUGCAAGAAGCUACUUAUACCCGAUCCAGAAGUUAUUUUAGGCAGUUGGGGUCUCAUAGACGCUGACCCUGUAACUGGUGACUUAACAGAGACAGAAAUGGACACUAUUCUAAUAUUAACACGGGAUAGUUAUUAUGUAGCUGAUUAUGACGAUCAAAUCGACAAAGUCACAAAUUACCAAAGAGUUCCACUCGAAGACAUUAUACUGAUCGAGUUUGGCCAGCCAGAGAGCACUGUCUCCCUUUUUAAAAAUAAGCAUUUCCACUGCAUUAGAAUAAAUUACAAAAUGGCCAACGAGUACGGUUACUUUCACAUGUUCCGCAGUACAAAUUUACGAUUUUUCAAUAACAUGGCUGUUGUUAUAAAGACAGAGGAAGAAAGUAUAGAGUCUUUAAGAUCAAUUUGCGAGGCUAUCUCUGUGGCGAUGGAGAUAGCCGGUUUACCAAAGAUUCCUAUAGCAAUGAAUGUCACGUUAGAUAGACGAAAGAGUAAAAUAGUGAAUAACAGGGGAACCACGGGUCUACUGGACAUUUCGUCAUUCCCAGAAUUGACUAGAAAUGUUUCAGAGACACAGUUACUAGCUCUUAAAAGCGCAGGAACGAAAGCUUUAAGCAACAUGACGGAGCAAUUUAGUAAACUAAAUAAGUUAAGUCAUAGCUUUAGCGCUAGGAAACCAAUUGACAUAGCAAGAAGCAUAGGUAGAAGGUCUGAAGCACCUUUGAAACCGACAUUCACCGUUGGGAAUAGAGACAUCUCAGGCAAUGCGCAAGGGAAACGUAGCAGUGGCAGUAGCAGUAGUGACGACGAGGACAUUGACGUUCCUCCUGUUCCUUUCGAAAAACCAGAAAAUUUCAGUCACAAUAAGAAUCUAAUGGAAGCGUAUACUCCAUCUAUUGGUAUCAUAAUGGGUGUUAAAAACACGGACGUAGUGGAGCCUCGUGAGAAUAAUGAAGACCAAGAUUUUUCUAUACGACCUAAUAAAUUCUCUGAACAGACUUCCGAUAAGGAAGUCUUACGCGUGCCAGAAUCUGGCUCUGGUACUAGUACUCUUAGUGCUUCUCCUCAAAAGACGCCUGAAAUAACUAUACAAAAUGUAACUGAGGACAAAGAAAGGAUGCUGCCACCAUUAACAUUGAAUCUGUCCAAAAACAUCAGUCAUUCGACUGGAGAGGUUGAUAGUAAGCUGACACUCAGCAAUAUAAAUGGAAGCAAAUUGCAGACUGAGAAUAGAUUGCAGGAUAAGAAAAGGUCCACAUCUGAGCAAGAUUUAAGUCUAAAUAUUACAUCUUCUCAGAGUGAGUCUGCUUUGAAGUCAAUGAAGACUAACAUAAUAAAUGCAGCGAGUCCUGUGGCAUCUACUUCCAAAGAUAUCUUGUCACCUUUCUCAAAAUUCGCUAAAGGUGUGCAGACUUUAGGGGCAAAUUUGGAUCCUAGAAAGCUAAAGACAGGACAGGUAGGAUUACAGAGAAAUCUCUCAGAUCAUCACGUAGAACAGCAACGAAAAUUGCAAGAGAGAUGGGGUUCAUGUCAAUCCAAGCUAAUAGCUUUAUAACUUUUCGAACAUAGUUCGAAGUCUGAAUGUCUAGUAGCGAGUAAACAAUUAAAACCCACAUAAUUUAGAGACACUUUUGCAUAAAGGAUUUUUAAAUAAUCAUUUUGUUAUUUGUUAGCAUCUUUUAAUUCAGAGAAUCGGUUCGAACAUCUCGGUGCGCGUGUCUGAAUAUUUUCCAUUAUUUCUUAAACCUCAAUUAUUGCCAUCCUGCUAAUAAAAGCUUCGUGCAAAAGAAACAUGAGACGAUUAAUCGAUAAGAUACUCUCUAUAUAUUCUUACGCGUGGAGAAACUCACAAAUUACUUUCCAGAGUACAAUGUGGUCAAUAUUUAAUCUGCAUCAAAUCUAUUUGUGCGUAUCUACUUACAAACAAAUUUUCUAUUACUCUACAUCGAUGAAAGCCUACACGAACUGAUUGUUACCUAUUUUCAAUAUGCUUCCGGCGUAUUUAUACGAAAUUUUCAUCGCGAUAGCCUUUUUAUGGAUUUUACCAAACGACUCCUAGUAUUGCAUUUAGACAUUAGAGAUUGUGAAUUUAUCAAAAAAAAAAAAAAAAAAAAAAAAAAAAAAAAAAAAAAAAAAAGAAAAAAAAGGAAAAAAAAAGGAAAAGACACGUACGUGCUUAUACAAUGAAAUUUAAUCCCAGCAUUCUUUGAAGCCUUAACGCCUGCUGCAUAAACAAAUUUUUUAAUGGUUUUAUUUAUUUGUAAUAUAUGUCGUAGACUUUCCGUUUUCUACAUUUCUGGAGCCACGUGUGCAAACAACGUUUGUGUGAUGACUUGUAAACAUUCGUAAACCGAAAAUCUGUUUAUGCAGUAAGUUAAAUGAAGAAGCUUUGUAGUCAAUUAUGUACAUAUAUACGAAGAAUUACUUAACAUUAGCAGUUUAAUGAAACAACGUUGUGAUUGCUGAUUAAAAUGUAACAGCAAGAUAAAUUUGGGAAAGACGUUUUGAUGUGCAAAAACCUAGUAAUUAUUAAUUAUUAUAAAGUCUAGACGUAGACAUUCGACGAUAACAGUGGGUAAACUCUUACAAUUCCAAAUAUGAUUAAGUUCAAGAAUUAUUUUGGAUAUAGAAAGGAAAGGAAAAAGUGCUUUUUUUCUGUAUAUAAUUUCAUAACAAUUGAAACAUACAAGUCGUUCCAGAAAAAAGGAACGAUCAUAGUAUUCAUAUACAUGCACAUUUGCAGUAUUAUGUAUAUUACAUUUAAUAAAUAAUAGGAGGGAGAGUUGCAUAUAUAUGGAUAUGUAGACGAUAAA